AUGUCCUCAUAUUAUUUCACGGUCAUUGGUACACGUGACAAUCCUCUUUAUGAGCUAGAGUUCUCCUCGUUCAAAACUUCGUCAUCGAGUUCAGGCUACCCUGGUCAAUCAAACUUUUCCAGCAGGAUCAAAGAGCUUUUACCGUUCAUUACCAACGCCUCGCUAGAUCUCAUUGAAGAUGCUCAGUGGUCGACUAAUGCAUUCAACCUCGGCAAAGUCGAUUCUUUUUACGGAAUACGUGUCAAUGGAUUCGUCACACAAGGCAACAUCAAAUUCGUGCUAUGCUACGACUCCAACACAUCUGGUUCAAGCAGCCUAGAUUCCAUGAUGUCAUCCAACCUGACCUCAAGCAAGCACGAUGAAAAUGUCAUAAAACAACGCUACUAA